AUGAAUUAUCCUUCACAAAUUGAAGAAGAAAUCAACUACUUGAAACAAAAACUAUCGAUUUCAGCUGAUUAUUCCCAAGGAAAUAUGAAUAACAGUAACGAUAACGAUAACAACAACAGAAAGGAUUCUUCAUAUAAUAACAUCAAUGAUAAUAAAUUGAAUAAUGUUCAUGAUGAUGAUGAUACUUUGAAUUUUAAUGGUGUUAAGCCUAUAGAAGAUAAAAUAGGUUUACUAGAUGGUAAGGAAGAGCCUAUUAUAACCGCUAACAAUACGAUUAAUCAAGUAACUAUUGUGACAGUGAGCACCAAAGAAUAUAUAUCAACUAGAGCGACAUCAAGUAAUGAUAAUGAAAUUCCAACUAAUACUGUUAGAGAGGACAGUAGAUAUACAACCUUGAUAAUUAACAAUCAAGCGGUGUUACCUACACAAACAGAAAAUAAUCAGGAAGCAAUAAGGUUAAACUUAAAAUCUGAAACGACGAUAACAGAAGAGGCUAAAACUAGUACAACCAAUAAUGAUGACUCUUUCAUCCCUACAACAACAGAAAAUCAUAGUAAUGAAAAGAGGACAACAUCGACAGAUUCUGAUAGACCUACAAAUACUACUACAGAAGAUAUCAGAACUACAUCUAGCGAUGAAGAAAAACCAACAACAGCUAGUUCAAGUAAAUAUACUACGAGUGACGAACCUACUAGAACGACUACUGCUAUAGAAACUGAAAAAAUGACUACAGCCAUUACUACUUCUAUUACGAGAGAAACACCGACGAUAACAACUAAAAUGGAAAUAACAACAACAGCAGCAGCAGUAAUUACUACUACCUCUUCAGAGAAGUCAAUAGUGACUUCAGAAUAUUCUACUACAACUACCGAUACUUCUACUUCAACAUUAAAGCAGUCCACGAUCAAUUCUGACAAGUCAACUACAACAUCAGGCGAGUUUACUACUUCUUCUGAUAAUUCAAUCACAAAGACUACUACAAUGAAGUCAACUAUGGCUACUACAACUGAAACUACAAUUACUAGUUCAGAAGAGAUUCAAACAGAGACUAUUACAACCUCAAGUAAUAUUAUAACUAACACAUCUAAGUCAAUGACUAUACCGUGA